CACUACGCAGACCACAGUGCAGUCAGCAUUAGCAGUUGUCAACUUGUCAGUACCGAUCAAGACAGAGUACAACGCGCACGCUAUGCGGAGAAUUAUCUUGUUAUUUUGCUUUGCAGCGUAUGCGUUUGCGCAGGAAUUAUCAGUAAACACUACGCAUGGUAUGGUUGUUGGUAAACGUGCAACCGAUGGGGACUACUACACAUUUUAUGGGAUAAGAUAUGGAGGAUCAACUUCUGGAGCGAACCGAUUUAAGGCACCUACACCCGCUCCUACGUAUACAGGAGUCUACCAGGCUGACGAUAGUAGUGUUUUCUGCGCUCAACCGACAGCAAGAGGUCUCGUAGGAGUAGAAGACUGUUUAGUACUCAAUGUAUUUACUAGAAAUGCAUCGAUAAGUAGACCUGUCGUCGUUUGGCUGGAAAGCGAAGAAUAUACAACAUCACGGCAAGAACUCUUCACAUUUAAAAAACUGAUUGAUGAAGAACUCGUUGUAGUGUCCAUUCACUAUCGCCUUUCAAUCUUUGGAUUUCUAUGUCUUGGAGUACCUGCAGCACCAGGUAAUGCUGGCCUUAAAGAUAUCAUUCAAGGAUUGAAGUGGAUAAAUGUUAAUAUAGCUGGUUUUGGUGGCGACCCUAGAAAUGUUGUUUUACUUGGUCAUGGAUCGGGAGCUGCUAUAGCAGAGUUAAUAUCAUUGUCUCCUUUAGGACAUGACUUGGUUCAUAAAGUAAUAGCAAUAAGUGGCUCAGCCUUAGCUCCAUGGGCAGUCGCGUACGAACCCGUGCAAUACGCCGAAAGAUUUAGUGAAAAAUUAAGUUACUCUGGCAAGUCAAAAGAAAAUCUGGCAAAAUCCAUUGCAAAUACAGAUUUAAAUGUCCUUGUACCAUCUCUUAAGGACUUUACGUUUUUCAAUAACACCCCCCUCUUUGCUCCUUGUAUUGAGAGCUCGGAUAUUAGUGAAGAUGAAAGAGUGUUGCCAGACGCACCUAUUAACUUACUGCGUAGUGGAAACUAUAGUCAAAUUCCUUAUAUUUCUGUAUUUGUUGACAUGGAAGGGACAUUAAGGGCUGAGCAGGCUGCUUUUAACAAUUGGAUUGACACAAUGCAAGCAAACUUUAGUGACUUUCUCCCGGUAGACCUAAACCUAGAAUCAGAUCAAAAUAAGUCAGCUGUCGUACAAUCAAUCAGGGAAUUUUACUUUGCCCAGCAGCCUGUAAAUAUGGAAGGUUUUCUGAACUUUGAAGGAGAUACAUUGGUUGUUGUUUCAAUGAUUAGAGGAGUAACAGAAAGAGCUAAAACAUCUACAGCACCAGUUAGACUUCUGGAGUUUGCCUACCGCGGUACCCAUAACUCAGAUUGGCCUUAUACACAAAUCCGCUUAGACGGUGUCAAGCACGGUGGACUUUUGAACUAUCUUUUCGACUUUGAUCUACGCCCUGCUGAUGUCGCCGUGCAGACUGCUAUUCUGAGAAGAUUCAGCGAAUUCGCUAAGAAUGGAAAUCCUAACCCGACGAAUUACGUGAAUUCUGGAAUCACUUGGAACCCCUACACUGACAGCAGUCCCUUAUCUCUCCGAAUCAGUGGAGGCGAUGUCAUAACAGUGGGCAAGAGUUUCCAGGAAGAAGAGAGACUCAACAUUCACCAGCAGAGAAUGAAUUUCUGGAACAAACUCUAUUCUCAAUACUAUCACCCACCGCAAUCAGCUUCUUCCGCCGUAAAGAUAUUAAGUGUUUCUUUGACUGUAGUCUUUUGUCUAUUGUUUGUAAAACUCUUAUAAGUUUUUUCUUCACCUUACAUCUUGGUAUUUAGUUAAGGAUAUAACUAGCAGUGCACCAAAAAAUUUAGGCCUUUUAGUAGCUUUUUUUUUAUUUGGCGAGCUUACAGCAACAAUUACAAAUCAGCCAAGUAAACAUAAUUCUGAAUGUCAAUUACAAGCUACCGCUUUAGUAUAAACUUUUAUCUGUAGUGAUGGAGUUGGGUUUUAAAGGUUUUCAGAACAACUUUAAAAAUUAUAAAUAAAAAAAUCAUAGAAUUCACUGUUGGUAAAUCAAUUUGAUAUCCUUACUGAUUUUACUAUAUGAAAUUCUGUAUUUUAAUUAAAAAAAACCGUCCGUUUGACAUAUAAACUAGUUCUACUUUAAUUAAUGCAUUUAAUGUGUGUUAUUUAGACGUGAGAGUUAAUGCGUAUACUUAAGUUUGUAUAAUUAGUAUUAAGUAAUUCAAUAUAGGAACACUCGAAGAUUUUUUAAGAAUGCCAUAAAUAUAUAUUUGCUAUACGUAAUGACUAUUUGUCUCUUUCCGAGAGCUUUUUUCCCAAGUAACAUUACCGUGGUCCGUGCCCCAACUGUCAUCACUUCUGAAAUUUAUUAAGUGUGGGUCAGAUAAUCAGUUCGUGUCUAGCUGAACCGUCAUCUUGCUUCUUACUAGUGGGGUGUCGACGUGUUUUGUGUGAACGAAACAAGACCGUUAAUUUUUUUUCGUCGACUAGUCGACGGACUUGUUUAAAUCGUGGACUGUAGUUUACCUUCGACGGUAUUGUAGACGCUAGACAAGACAGUCAUUAUUACAAGUUUACUUUGCGAGGCGGAACGACCGAACCGACUGUAUGGGCUCGUCGCGAUCGCCAUGGCUUAGAAUAGACUGUAUUAAUUCAUAAUAAUGACAUUAAUUUAUCUCGAACUAAAUUAAAUAAAAGCAUUUUAAAAGAUCAACUGAUUUUAUGUAUAUGACUAGUGAGUAUCUAUUUGUUAAAAUUAAUUCAUGAUUUACAUUCUGUUGUAAUGGAUGGCAAACGAUAUUUUGUUUACGUUUGUCAUAGUCUAUAAAUUGAACUAGUUCAUUUGAAAUACGUGAACCGUCGAAUCGUCGACGCGUCAUCGACCUGUUGACUGAACUGGUUCGUUCAUUCAACGCCCAUCACUACUUCUUACUAGAUUAUUCAGUUUUCGUACGGUUGUAGCUCAAUUCAUCUUUGUCUACAUUUAUUGUCAUUUAUCAAAGGAAAUAUCGAAAAAUCGUGUAAGAAUGCUAUAGUAAAUAGCUAAGUAAUAUUUACUUUUUUACCUGGGUGGUUUCCUAUAUUAAAUCUUAUAGUUACUGGAUAAUAUCCAGAAUAUAUUUUGGACACAGCUAUUAGUUAUAACAACUUUGAAAUUAUUUUUAUUUUUUUUUUGAUUGACGCGUUACAUUGAAAUAAAAUGCUUUUUUUUCCCACCGACUUUUUUCCCCACCUCGAUGAAAAGCUCGCUUUUGGUCCCUGGUACGAGGGAAAAAAGUGGCCGAUUCUCUCCCGGCAAGACGACUUUUGUACCUCGUACCAGGGACUAAUAGCGAGCUUUUUACAUCCAGGUGGGGAAAAAGUCAUAUUACCACCCGCGCUUGUCAAUAUUCCGCAGGUGAGAAUGAUCUACUUUUCUUCUUGUUGCGUAAUAUACUAUUUAAAGGAUUAACACGCGUGUAAAUUUUACUGUAAUUUCACAUUUAAGUUAUCUGCGUAAAAGUGCCCAUGAAUACAUGCGCCUUCAAAGGUCACGAAACGUCUGGUUAAAUAAAUAAAUUAAAUUUUUACGCAAAUAACUCAAUGUAAAAAGUAUUUUAUUUAAAUAAUUUUUAAUUUUAAGCACGACAUGUUCUUAGCUAACUGUAUUUUAUUGUUUUCGUUUUGAAUUUGAUUUUAAAUAAAAACAAAAAAACGCCA